CUUCUGGUCUCUUUGGGAAUGAAGGUCAUUGCUGUAUUCACUGUCUUUAUCUUCUACUGGACAACCUCCACCCUCAGCAGCUUCUGGCAAUUCCAGAGGAUGGUCAAACACAUCACAGGGCGCAGCGCCUUCUUCUCCUAUUACGGAUAUGGCCGCUACUGUGGGCUUGGGGGCAGAGGAGUCCCUGUGGAUGCCACAGACAGGUGCUGCUGGGCUCAUGACUGCUGUUACCACAGUCUGAAGGAGGAUGGCUGCCAGCCAGUCUUGAAUGGCUACCAGUUUAGCAUUGUCAACGGGACUGUGGCUUGUGCGUGCUCCCUGGGUGGCAGCUGCCUCUGUGGGCAGAAGGCCUGUGCGUGUGACAAGCAGUCUGUGUUCUGCUUCAGGGAGCACCUGGGCACCUAUGAGAAGGCCUUCAAGCAGACCUUCCUCAGCAGGCCCCAGUGUGGCAGACACAAACUCCAGUGCUAA